UGUCUAUGCAUAGUCUGCGGUCGGUGCUCUAUGAAAAUUUUCUUUUUCGCUGUCAUAGUAAAAUUUAUAGACCGCGUUGUGUAAAAUUAGUGAAUUACAAUUUAUAAAACAAUAAAAAUAAAAAUAUGGGUGUAGACGUCGAGACUCUAACUGCAGGCGAUGGUUCCACAUACCCUAAGAAAGGGCAAACUGUAGUCGUCCAUUACACAGGCACAUUAACAAAUGGCAAGAAGUUUGAUUCCUCACGCGACCGUGGCAAGCCUUUCAAGUUCAAGAUUGGCAAAGGCGAAGUUAUCAAGGGUUGGGAUGAAGGUGUGGCUCAGAUGUCCGUCGGUGAACGCGCCAAGCUAACCUGCUCCCCCGACUACGCGUACGGUCAGCAGGGCCACCCUGGAGUCAUCCCUCCUAACUCCACCCUCAUCUUUGAUGUGGAACUCAUCCGUCUUGAAUAAAUUCAUUUAAGCUAGGGAUCUCUGAGCUACUAUUUAUGUAUUAAUGACAAACUCAUUGAAGUUUUAUCAGUUGACCAUACACUAUCAAGUUUACUGUCAAGUUGCCAUGAUGUGAUGUGCACGUGAUAGUCAUACACCGUCAAGUUUAACGGCGCUGCUUCAAGCUUGACAGUAAACUCGGUUGUUUAUGACCACUGUGACGGUUUAUCAUCAAUUUAAUAACUAAGUCAUAGAACAGUUCAUUUUAACUAGUUUGUCUUUGACAAUACAGUGUUUUCAGUUGUUGUAUACUUGAUGUAUAACUAUUGUAACAUUGUCAAAAUGCGCUGUGAACUAACUAUAUAAGCCAAAAAAAGUCCUCAAUGCUGCUUAUUAAUCACUUCUAGUCUUAAACCUGGUAUCCGUCUAAGCGAAAAUGGAUAGGUUUGGGUUAGAAAACCAAUCAGAUUAUGGAAAAAUGAUGUGAAAAAAUUAUCACGUCAUCUAUCGAUAAAAUUAAUUUGCUUAUCACAUGUCCUCCCAUACCCACUUUGUUGGAUAUCAAGGCAAUGAACAAAUUAAUGCAAAAAUGAACGCAAAAUGACGCAGAGUUUAGUUCACUUUAAAAUUGAUUCGUCGCGUUGUUAUGACUAGCGCAAUUUGCCUUAUGUUAAGUAUAAAAUAGCUCCGUUUUAUUGAAAAGAAUGUCAAUUAUUUUAAGCAAUACAUGCAUAACUAGCCUUAAUGCAUGUAUGACUUUCAAAAGUUUAGAGAUCCCUAUUUUAUAAAAUACUUAUGUCACAUUUUAGAUAUAGUUUCAUUAAACUACUAAUAAAUCACCUGUUAACGCCUAUCACAGAUGAUCAUGCGGCCUGAUACAGACUGGCUGCUAUCCACAACUAUUGUGGUUAACGGCUGAAAUUAAUAAUAAUAAUCAAUCCUAUAUGUAAUCUGUCGAUAGAUUACUUUGCAUGCUGUUAUUUGUCGAAAAUUGUAUGGCCCUUUUUGACAAUUAAACUCUUUACGUAUCGGAAGUUUACGGAUAGAUUGAUUAUAUUAAUUUCGAUCGUAAUUCUGUUGAACUCUAAACUUAAUCGACAGGCUUAAAUCAAAUGCUAUCCUUUUUCGCACUGAGCAUUAUGAAUAGGAGAGUAAUCGAUUUAGGACCUAUCGUUUUAGUUUGAUUAUGAGAUUAUACACCAGAAUUAGCCACAAUUGUCAGAUAAAAAUCUGUAUGAGAUCAAAAGUUGUAAUCUGUGAUAGGCUUAGACCUAAGUCUCUUAUCUAGUGUUCAGUCAUAAUUCUUAAAGUUAAUUUACUUAAGCUAAGGGACUUCUUGCAAUGAACUUGUGUGUAAUUUUUGAUGCAUUUUUUUACAAUAUUUUUGACACAUUUCUGUUUUACAUUCCGCAAGCAUUUCAAUGUUAAUUGAGCCCAUAUUUUUUACUGUUUUCUACUUGAACUGAAACUUCUCGAUCGAAAUACCUAACUGCAUAUUUUUAAAGUUAACCUUACUUGUAAUCUGUACCGCCGGUAUACCACCUGGUAGAUACAUAAUUAUUGAAAGGCUUUAUUGUAAAACUUAAGAAUAAACGUCAUCUAACACA